AGUACAAUAUUUUGGAAUCUCCAAUGACUCAGACUAAAAAGUUACGAACUAAGCUAAAUACGAGAAAGAACUGCUGCAAUUGAGCCGAGCUACAUCAAAUGCGUGCCGUAAAAUACAAUUCCCGAUGAUCAUUUGUCUAUAGAUUCCAGAGUCAAAAUGUUAAAAUCCAGCACGCAACAACAAAAGAACAUUCUCAAUACUGUAAUCGAUGCUCUACCCGAUAAUCGGCCCAUAACGUCGCUGCAGCUUGUGGAAGAAUUUGAAAAGUGUCCGAAGAACUUUCAGCCCAUCAAUAAGACGCAUGAUCAAGAUCAGGACGCAGAUUUAUGGCGUGAAAAAAUGUUGAUUGGCAAACGAACGACACGCUAUUUAUGUCAAUCAAAAUCGGAAGGACUGCCCGGUUACAUAGUAGAGACGUUGAAAAUAAUAAACGAAAAAGAAAUCACGCCUGAAGGCUUCUCACAGCUUACGAGAACUGCUGACACGGAACAAAAGGCAUGGCGCAAAAAGCAACUCGUGUAUCGGUUGGCCAAGAAGGGGUCCUCUAAGCAAGCCGUGACGGAUAUUAUUCUGUGCUCUAGGCUCCGUCAAGCCCCUGAAGGGUUUACGCUAGCCGGGGAAAUAAACGGUAUUCUAGUGUGCUAUAAAUCAUCACCAGUUCCACAUCGUCCAUCUCCCAGUGUACCGUCGCGGCAGAGCAUAACUGACCUGGAGAAAACUAUCGAAAACUUGAAGGUGCGGUCAAAUGCACCAGCGACACAACCACAGGACUACGAAUAUGUACAACUGUCACCGUCAUAUCAGCUUUCACCAAAAAGAGCAGCCCCAAAACCUCCCAUGUAUUCAACUGGUACGCUGAACAUACAUACCGACGUAGAAGGCGUUCCAUUUUUGCUCAAUUCUGCUCUUAAACAAUAUGCCACUGAAAUCCCAGCCGUUCAUACACUGACAGGCGUACAGCUAGAAUAUGAUUUUCAUUUAGAGCGGCAAGUACUGUGCACAACAAAAUCCCAAAACGACCAAUCGACAAAUCCGUUCUUCCACUGAGACAAAUGAAUGUAGUUUACGUUCAGUUAAUGACAUUGAAAUGUGUGCUGAAAUGUAGUUUAAACAACCAUUUAUUUAGUGGUAAUAUAUAGGGCCUGUUUAAUAAGAAAGCGAAUCGACCUUAGUCUGAAACAAUAGAAACUUUCGAAUGUACUGGAAUAUAUAUUAUCCAUUGUAAAGAGAGCUCAUGUACGGUCUUGCCACAAAAGCCAGCACUUGGUAAAGUAAUGUACUCAAAGGAAUGUUUAGAACAUUUUACAUUUUACUCGCUUCCGUUAGAGUGUCAUAGUGAAAAAGAAAUAAGUCAAAUAUUAAAUCAGGUCACAAUUAGUUAUUCUUUUAGUGCAUAUUUAUAAAAAAUAGCCCAUAUU